ACCCGGUACUCGGCGACAGCGUCACUCUCGGCCCCACUGACCCCGCGCCGAGCCCGGGCGGCUCGGGCCGCGGCUGCACUCAGCGCCACGCGUGGAGAGCGCAAGCCCGAAGACCCGCCGCACUGACAGUAUGAGCCGCACCGCCUACACUGUGGGAGCCCUGCUUCUCCUCUUGGCGACCCUGCUACCGGCUGCUGAAGGGAAAAAGAAAGGGUCCCAAGGUGCCAUCCCCCCUCCAGACAAGGCCCAGCACAACGACUCAGAGCAGACUCAGUGGCCCCAGCAGCCUGGCUCCAGGAACCGGGGACGGGGCCAAGGGCGGGGCACGGCCAUGCCGGGGGAGGAGGUGCUGGAGUCCAGCCAAGAGGCACUGCAUGUGACCGAGCGCAAAUACCUGAAGCGAGACUGGUGCAAAACCCAGCCGCUGAAGCAGAUCAUCCACGAGGAAGGCUGCAACAGCCGCACCAUCAUCAACCGCUUCUGCUACGGCCAGUGCAACUCCUUCUACAUCCCCAGGCACAUCCGGAAGGAGGAAGGCUCCUUUCAGUCCUGCUCCUUCUGCAAGCCCAAGAAAUUCACCACCAUGAUGGUCACACUCAACUGCCCCGAACUACAGCCACCCACCAAGAAAAAGAGGGUCACCCGUGUGAAGCAGUGUCGUUGCAUAUCCAUCGAUUUGGAUUAAGCCACAUCCGGACACACCACCCAGCCUCUGUCCUAGGGGUGCAGCCCCAGGCGGGCCCAGAGCCAGACCUAAAACAACCUGAUUCUUGGCUUAAAUCUAGAGGCUAGAAGAACCGCUGGCUGCCUCCUGGCGGGAGCCUGCUGUGCGUCGUUUGUGUGCAUGAGUGUGCGUGGGUGCCUGUGGGUGUUUUCACACACCAGAGGAAACACAGCAGCCUCUGCUAGUACAAGGGUAUGGUAGGAAAAGCCCACACCACCCUGACUCACACCCAGAGGGGCAGGAAUGUGGUUUGGUGUUCUGCCUUUGUCAUCCGUGGGCCCUCCUGGGGAUGGGAACCUCCCUUAGAAUGGAUGUUAAUGGAGGAGGCUACUCUGAGGGCAAGAGACCUGUUUUAGUGCUGCACUAGACUAGGAAAAGUUGCUUUAACCUGUGCUUGCCUCCCCCUCCCCCCUUCCACAGGCCAUCCCUUCAAAGGUUCACAGUGACUAUUUCAGUCUAAUCCCAUGUCUGCCAAGGUUUCUGAAUUCAUUCACUUAACCAUGGAUGUAAAUGUUCAUUUUGCAAAGACCCUCCAGACUCUGGGGAAGGCACAUGUGGGCGGGGUCAAGCAGGGAAGAGGAGUAAGGGAGGGUAGAGGGGGGGACCUUGGACCCAGCAACAUGCAGUAGGGAGGUGUGCAGAGACCUGAAAGGCCAGCCCCAAACACAGUGAGACCCAGGUUUCUGCAAAAGAUUUUUCCUGGUAUUCAACAGAACCCAAGUGAACAGAGGAGAAAAGAGAUUGCCAAAAAAUCAUUAACUUCGGCUGUCACUGUGAUCUGCUGGAACCCAGCACCAAACUUAAAACAUAAACAUCGACCACUCCUAUUUUCAGAACCAAGUCAGUGAGCUAAACCGAAACAGCCCCCCGGCCUUGUCCCUUGAGGGGACAAUAGAUGUAGUUCAGAACCCUCUGCACAGGGAUAGGAAGUAAACAAAAACCUCAGAGGCUGAAGGUUCUAAAAUCUUCCCUUUUUCUUUGUUAUAGCCACCCCUUUCCCAGUUCGUGAUUUCUGUAUAACGAUUCAGAGAGCCACAACCCUGUAUUAUAAAGAUUCUGCCUCUGCUGAGUGUAACUGAACAGAGUCUAAGAUGAAAGAGUUUAGGGCCUGCUCCAUUUUAACUAGAAGUAAAUUUGGGGUCUUUUUGUUUUAGCUAUUGUUAAGAGAUUGAGCUGGGGGGAGUAUUAGCUCUUAAUACCUGAAGGGGAUGUGGGGGAUAUGACCUUCUUCAUUUGUCUUCUGUGGGUUAAGGGGAAAUCCUGUUAAGAAAGCAGAGCAUUGGGGUGCAUUAGCUGUCCAUCUGCUGCUGAUGGGAUCCACGUAAACUUGUAACCAUUCAGUACUUACUGGUGGGCGCUAACCUUGAUUAAACUUGGGCUGCUUGCAAUGCCUACUUAGGAUUUAUCUAAUGGUCAAAGUGCAGGGUGGGCAAACCUUACUUUACUUUGGAUUUGGCUAACCUGUUCUCUUCAAGCCUGAGGUUUUAUAUGUAAACUCCCCAAAUACUCUUUUUGCCUUGUAUCUUCUCAGCUUCACCAGUCAAGUCAUGUGUAAUACAGAAAACAAACACCAUUGACUCGGGAUUCAGUUGCCAUCAAGCCUCCAGCGUGCAAAGAACCCUUGUGACUAAAGAAGCUGUUUUUAUUUUGCUUUUGUUUUGGUUCAGUGCUUACCCAUCUGACAACUAAACAGGAACCAUUUUGAGGCAGAAGUUAUCUUGAACACCCAAAAUGUUGGGUGUAAUUUUAAAACUUUUAAACUCACUACUGAUGAUUCUACACUAAGCAAAUUUGUGCAAACACGUAGUCUGUGCAUUUUGUGUACACUGUAUGCCCCUGCCCUAAGUCUUUGUAUCAUCCACAUCCUCCAACAAUAAAGCACAGAAUGGAUUUAAUUAAGCACACAAAUGCUAAGGCAGAAUUUUGAGGGUAGGGGAGAGGAAAAGAAAGGGAAAGAAGCUGAAAUUGUAAAACCACACCAGAGAGGAAAACUGACAUUCAGAACCAGCAAACACUGAAUUUCUCUUGUUGUUUUAACUCUGCCACAAGCAUGCAAUUUUGUUAAAAAGAGAUGACUUAAGUUGGCAGCAGCAAUCUUCUUUUAGGAGUUUGUACCACACUAUUGCAUGUAAGUCGGAUUUGGCUCAAGUAAAGAGAAUUUCCUCAAAAUUAACUUCACUGGAAUAAUCAGCAGCAUAACUACCCUGAAAGCACAGCACUAGCCAAAGAGGGAAAUGUCUGCUUUUCUUACUGUGCCUAUAUUAAGACUAGCACAAGUAUGGUGUGUCUUCCAACAUUUAUUGAAAAUGCCAUUUCUGUUACAUAUUUUAUUGGAGUCACCGAUGAUGUAAUGAUGUAUUUUUUUCAUUAUUAUAGUAGAAUUUUUUUUAUGGCAAAAUAUUUGUGAUCUUGAUCUUACCUAUUAAAAUAAUGCCAAAUACCAAAUAUGAAUUUAAUGAUGUACACUUUGUGCUUGGCAUAAAAAGAGAAAAACACACAUCCUGUAAAUCUGUAAGUUGUUUUUUGUUGCUGUAGUUCUUCAAAGUUAAAAGUGUAAGCAAAAAAUCUGGAGGGAAGGGUAAUUUCCACUGUGUGGAAUGUGAAUAGUUAAACAAAAAGUUAUGGUUAUUUAAUGUAAUUAUUAAUUCAAAUCCUUUGGUCACUGUGAUUUCAGGCAUGUUUUCUUUUUUCUCCUUUAUGUGACUUCCUCUGAGUUGGGCAGAGAAGAAGCUGGCAUAUUGUAUGUUGUUGGAGACUUUUAUCAGGUCAGAGGGAAACACAAUCUUGACUCACUGAACAUGCAUUACACUCAAGAGCUUUUAUUUUUUUAAUUGAAUGUUCCUUAAAGGUUAAGAUUUCUGAAGCAAUAUUAAGAAAGACUUUUAAUGUUAUUUUGGAAGACUUAUGAUGUGUGCAUACAAACAAAUAGCAAAUAGUGAUAAAUCAUUCAUAAAUUCCUUUUAAGCAGAAAAUCUAAAAUGAAAAGUGUACGUACAGAACAUUUAUAAGUGACCAUUUAAUGCUUAAGAGUGAAAGUAGUUCUAUUGAUUUGUCAUUUCUCAAGGUAUUUAAUAUCAACUGCAUUAUGUAUUAUGUCUGCUUUAAUCAUUUAAAAACAACAAAGGAUUAUAUAGACUAUGAUUGAGGUUCCUUGCUGUGUAUGAGGAUGAGAGGGGAUUUGAUAGUCUCAUAAAAGCUAAUUUGGCUUAAAGUUUUAUGAAUCUGUAACUAGAAUUUAAUUUUACCCCAAUAAUGUUCUAUAUAACCUUUGCCAAAGAGCAACCAAUAAAUUAAACCUCUUCUCUUUGUGUGCGUGUA